UACCAUGAGGCCUAGAAAUCUGAUGUAUUAUAUGUAUUAAAACCCUUGAGCUUUACUGUGAGUUGCUAUAAAUCUUGUUGUCACUUAUAGAGGUGUAAGGCCAAAGCGAUCCGAUGAUAUCUGUAUCUGAUUUGCCUGCCUAAGAUUUUUGCUUUUUUUGUCGCAUCGCGUCGCGUCGAUCUGCCUCAUCACCUGUAAUGCUUACAGAUGAAGACUAUCAGAUGCUCCUGGAGGCUUCUGUCUCCUUCUUGGAGAGGAAAGACUUUGGAAUAGUAGAGCUUGAGGAAGUUAUGGAUCAAGUAUUUGGCCAAAAUAGAGGAGGGGAGGAUGCAAAAGCCUGGUCCAUGCACUGGACUCAGUUAUCACUGUAUGAAGAGCAAGCUCAAGAAGGUAGAAGUACUGGGCCACCACCAAAGAUUCCAUCGCACUCAAGAGAUGACUCAGAUUUAGACAGACCCUGCCAACCUCAGCACCAGAACAAAUUGGAAUCAGAAGAACCAGGCCAAACUCAGCUCAGCAAUGCAUUGCUUCAGAACACUGUAGCUGAUCGUGAACGUGAACGACAGGAGCAAUUGUCAAAUGGCAACAUUUCACCUCGAGAAAUUCACAAAACUGGGAAACGACCUUGUUGUCACGAAGCGGCAGAGGCGGAGUGACUAAGCAAGACGGUGAGGCGGAGCGACUAAGCAGGUCAGCGAGGCGGAGCAACUAAGCGGAGCGGAGG